AAUCACUACUGAUUACACAUGACUGAUCCGAUUACUAAGCAAAGUCUAACUCAUGAACUAGUGUUUAAGCAAAACUAAAUAGAAAAGAUUGUACUGUAGAAUUAAACUUCAUCUUGUCCAAUUGUUCUAACAUUUAAAAUAAACUAUGAGUGUUAACUUAAAAAGAAGGAAAGUUUUUAACUGACACAAAAAAAAAAAAAAAAAAAACAACACACACACACACACACACACACACACAAAUGUGCUGGGAGCUGGAGCAGAAUUCGUGACCUGUGGGAAACUUGACAGACGGGCGCUGAGCAUCUCACACUCCACACGUGCAAACCAUUCCGACGGAAACCCUGGAAAAAAAGUUAUAUAACGGCAUUUAGCAGCUCGUUUCCCCAACUUUUCAAAUUCUAGCCGUUUGAGAGCCCUCCCUCUUUCAAGAGUCUUCACCUCGAGCCCAGAGCCUCAACUCCCUCAUUUCUUUCUCCCUUCUUCCAAGCAAACCCUAAAACCGCAGCUCCUCUCUCCACAUUUUCUCAAACCCUAACGUCCGUUUCUGCAAACCAAACCUUAAUCUUCCAUCAUCAACCCAUAAGACCUCGCACCCAUGGAUUUACUGCAACACCAGAAGGGUAGGAGCACCGAUCUUGGUGCCGAUGCACUCAGAGGGACCUGAGAUCUGUAAAAAAAACGACGAUGGAAGCACCGGUACAUCCCCAAAUCGCAUUUCAAGGAAAAAAAAAAACCACCACGUAGUUGUCUCCCUUCUAGAUCCGUCAUUUAAAGUUUGCAAGCCCAUGGUAUGUUCGGAUCCAGCAGGCAUCAAGGGCAAAUGGACCUGAGUUGCGAGGAUUAGAUCUACUACAUGGAAGGUAUAGAUUUUCACCGUCCUUCACUGUAAAUAACUCAUCUGCACAUGUAUGAAUCCGCUGGUGAAAUUUUUAUUGAACUCUGAGCUAAAGUAGAAAUCUGACAUAUAAUGGAAAUGAACUCUUGGACCCAACUGGAUUAAGCAAUGUGGACCCUUGUGCAGUCGGACCCUGAACUUUAGAAAAUGUAUUAGGAAUUUUGAAAUGGUAUGUGAUUAAUUCAGGGGGUGGGAGUGAGUGGCUCCGAGUGCAGAAGCUUCAUCAGAAAUGCCAUGUUGAUGCUUUCUCUCUCGUCUUUGUGUUUUCAUCACCUUCAUCCAUUACUACGACUCAGAAGAUUUAUACGAAAAGGCUGAAAUUAUUUUCUGCUGCAAUCCAUGGCUAAUACAUCGGCGGACACCAUUAGCUUGAAAGCCUUGGUGGACAAGGAGCGCAACCAGAUUAUGUUCAUAGAGUCAGAAAAUGAUUUUAUUGAUGUUGUCUUGAGUUUCUUGACAAUCCCCAUGGGAACAAUUGUCAGGCUGGCACCUAAGCAAUCAGUACCUUUAGAAAUAGGUUGUAUGAAAAAUUUGUACGCAAGUGUUGAGAAUAUGGAUGUAAAGCAUUUCUGGUCUAAAGCAUGUAGAGACAUGUUGUUAUGUCCCCCGAAUGGGGCCGAAGUUCAUUGCAAGAACCUCAAACUGAAGAUUGACAGUGGUCAGCCCACACAGUACUUUAUCUGCGAAAGAAGUGAAUGUAUAACUUAUAGCAGCGGUGUUCUCAGAUGUGAUUGUUGUGGAGGAAAUAUGAAUAGAAAGACAGAACUUUCAGCGUUUGAAGACAGAGGCAUCUUUGUGAAAGGACCAGCCAGACUUAUAAUUAGUGAUGAUUUACAAUUGAUGCCUCCUUUUACCGCGGAAAGUCUUUCUAUAUUUUCAGAGCUUGGAGUCAUGAAUGGUAAUACUACUGAGGAGGUGACUUUCAAUGUCGGAUCUGCUGAGGUUUUGAAAUUGCUUGUGUGCUCUUUAGUAUCAAAGACACCGCUGACAGAAACUCUGCUGAAGAAUAAACGAAUACGGAAAUUGAGCAAUGAACAUCAAGUAACAGAUUUUGAACCUGAAAUUGUAGAAGGCACAACAAAUACAAACGGAAACAUUUCUGUCAAGCUUAUAGUGAGCAAAUCCAAGAAGAUGGUUUGUUAUGCAGAAGUUGGGGAGGAUUUUGUGAAUUUGCUCCUCGGUUUCCUAACUAUUCCACUGGGUUUCAUUGUAAACAAAAUGCGUGAUUGCUCAUUAAAAGGAUGCAUUAGUCAGUUGUUCAAGAGUGUCCAAGAUCUUGACAAUCGCUACAUGAAGUCAAACUACCACAAAGAAAUACUACUCAGUCCCAAGCUUGCCCCCGGUGUUUGUCAUGACAACCAACUCUUAGAAACUGAGGAGGCCACAUUUUAUUAUGCAAGCAACCGUGGCAUGCUGUCUACUGAUAAAACUCUUCUCAAAACUCUUCUCGCUUCUCCUAUUUCAGGUGGGGUUCCGUCUUUCGGAGCAAAUACUUUCGGAACAAGUGCUGUUGAAAGUUCAAUCAAGUCAAUGAAAGUCAUGGGUCCCAAAUCCUACCAAGAUCAAGAAAAAGGAGUUCGAGGCCAAGGAUUUUUAGAACCGGCGAUGUUCACAGUAACUGACGAUUUGAUCAUACGACCUAUAUCUCUAAUCUUUGGCCUGUCUCUCCUGAAUGAAUUGAAGGUGCCUUUGACUGACAUUGAAGUGAAAAUCGUGCAUGUGGGGAAAGAGGAGGCUUUGCAUCUUUUGAUGGCUUCUCUUGCUUGUGACUCUGCGCUAACCAACGUCUUCAUUAGGGAGCCAAAGCAAGAACAACGUUGAAAGCCUGAUUAUAUAUAUGUUACAAACUGGAACUCUAAUUUGUAUUUUUGUGUGAGAAUACUUGUUCACACUCUUGUUUGUACGUAUUUGCUAUGUGAUCUGCAUAGAGUGUUGUCAGCAUACUAAUAUAAGUUCUGGGUUUGAGAA